AAAAUCAUACUAUGGAUCAUUUAACAACUUGUGAAAAGCGUUGUGUAUUGUUUUAUCAAUGUGUAUUCCAUGGUUUUCGUUUUUAAUGGCCGACAUUGCAUUUAAUAACAUAAGAGCAUUAUGGCAGAUAAAGUUAACAGACAACAGAGGGCGGUAUCAAAGACAACUGUCAACACUAGUAACACUAGAGCAACAUCAAAAACAACUGAAAAAUCUGUUCUUACAACCAGCAGUCAACAAAAUGGUGCUCCACGCAAACCUAUCCUCAAAAAUGGCGGGGAAAAGAAAGAUCAGAAGAAGGAAAAUGAUCAUGAACCACAGAGAGAACUAGAAAACCCUUCUCAUACAAAUCAGAAUAAAUUUGAUGAAGUACUCAAACUUAACAAAAACAAAUUGCAAGUUUUGGAAAAAAAUGAGUUCUUUGACAAAUUGAGAGAUAUUAAUCUUGAAAUAGAAGUUAAAGAAGAUCUUGUAAUGAUGAGAGGUAAAGUCCAACAGAGUAUUGAUGAAGCUAGGUACCAGAUAGAUAAACAAUGUAAACAGGUGGUUACCAGGCUAGAUAAUAUUGGAAAUAUCCGAUCAAAAUUUCUGAGGAAACCAGAAGUGGCAGAAUAUGUAAAUUUUAUUCUUUUGCAUGAAAGAGUUAUGUGCUCUUGGGAAGUAAAUGAUAAAGUUUUUGAUUUAUUAGUGUUUGCACCAUCACAAGAUGUUGCUGUAGAGGGUUCAAAGGUCAUCAAGGAUUGUAUCCAAACAAUAGAGAUUGAAAAUGAACAGUUUGAAUUUACAGAGUUAAAACAGUUUCUCCAAGAUAAUAAUAAAGUAUCUGCUGUGCCACGUAAAAAGAAAGGGGAUACAGUUCUGGUGAUGACAAACGAUCAAUUUGUGCGAUAUCAGAGAAUAUUUAGUUCGUCCCCAGGUCCUGAAGAUGGUACUGUCCAGAUACUCAAUGUUCCUUUGCCGGGAUGGAAAUUAGAAUACUUUCAAAAAUUUUCCGAUUUGAAGCUGAAGGCUUUGUGCCAUUUGUACAAAGUUGACCAUAAUUUUUUAGACAAUCAUAUUGAAUUGCAUGGAAAAGAUCCUAGUAUUGUCAAAACUGAUGUUGAAAGAAUGGCAAAUGAGCUGUUUAUUUCAUUAGAUCAUACAUUUGGCAAUACACAGCAUUUAACUAAAGCUGUACAAGAAAAAUGUGUCCAACUGGGAAAGCAAAAACAUUGCAUCAUCAGUAUAGACAACAAAGCACGUCUCCAUUCUGGUUGGCUAGGUAACCAUAGAGAUGCUAUGAUGCACAUUAUGACAAUGGUUGGUCCAGUGGAGACAAGUGAAUGUGAUGUUCUUAUUUGUCCUGUGACAACAAAUCUGGAACCAUUUGGCUGUGGCAAAGACAUAUUUAGAAAAGGUGGAAAAGCUGUUGAUGCUGACAUAGCAAAGCUCCUCAAAAACAGUGAAGAGACGGGAACAGCCAUUGAACCAGAAGAAAUCAUUGUGAUCCAAAAUACAGGCAACCUUAAAUGUCAAAUGUUACUUCUCACAGUUAUUCCCCCUUGGGCACGAAAACGUGAUGUAACAUUGUCUUUACUGUACAACUGUGCUCGUAGGAUCAUUAACAUUAUUGCCCAUACUGGGUACCGUAGCCUUGGUAUACCAUUAGAUAUUGCUGAUGAUUUUCCUUCUCAUAUGUAUGCCUCCAUAUUGAUUAACAAUUUUUGGAAAUUACGGAAAAAGUUUGGACAUUUUGUUCAUUUGUAUGGAUAUGCAGACACCUUAAGUACUGUAGAAGAUAUUGAUGAUUUUCUGAUAUCAGAAAUCAUCAUCCUUGGUCACAUGUCAAGAAUUGUGUUUGAUAAACAUCCUCCCUUACUAACAGAGAAACAGCCAUCAUCCAUAACAGUAAAUAUAGUAGAAGGAUCCAUUGUUGAUGUGGAUGACAAGGUGGAUGUUGUAGUAAAUGCUACAAAUCACAAAGAUCUGGAGUAUGGUGUAGUAUCUAGACAACUUAUACACAAAGCAGGUAGAGAUAUCAUUGUACCAGAGUAUCUCCAGGCCUAUCCUGAUGGUAUAGGGGUAUGUGAUGUGGCAGUUACCGAGCCUGGACGUUUGAAAUGUCAGAAAAUAUUCCAUGGAUGUCUCUUCGGUUGGAUUAUGAAUGGAAGUUUGUCUGUAAAGAUGUUGAAACUGUUCAUAACAAGGUGUUUAGCUGAAGCAGAAAAAAGACAAUUUACCAGUAUAGCUUUCCCGGCUCUCGGUUCCAGUUUAUUGGUUUUUCCACCAGUUUUGGUUGCCAAGGUGAUGUUUAAAGCAGUAGAAACAUUUGGAGAGAUAGAAAAACCAGUGCAUUUGAAAAGUGUUGAUUUUGUACUGAAUCCUAUUGAAAAAGAAGUAAUUGAGAUUUUUGAAAAUGUACAGGACUGGAUGGUCAGUAGAAAAAAUCAACUGACCUCUUUUAAUUUACCCCCCAAACAUAUAAGAAGUAUUCACAAGAAACAUGGCAUGCGAUUUAUUGUUGCAAGGACUGACGAUUAUAAAGACAUGAGAUAUAAAGAGGUCAUGAUCAACAUUGUUUUUGUGUCGAAAGAAAAUCAAGUGGAAGUUGGAAAAUUUGAAUGGGAUAUGGUCAAAGGAAGCUAUACUGUAAAAAUCAAAAUAGUUAGAACAGAAAAAUCUUUGAUUGAAGGAUUGAAGAAAAUGUCAGAAAUGAUUGAAUUACGUAGAUUCCAUGUAGUUGACAUCUUCUUGCUUAACAGUAGAGAAUCAGUUAUAAUUAAAGAUAGCAGACCAUCAUCAUUUGGACCAUGGACAGACGAGAAAAAUACAAAGCCAAGUUCAAGUAUGUCAUUGCACAAACAGAUUGAUUUAGUCAUGACAACCAUCUUGAAAAAUACAGAUAAAAUUUAUGAAGAGAACAGUAAAUCAGAUUUGACCGGAAAAUUGAGCUAUAUCAGAGUCGUUAGGAUGUUUGCUACAACAGUAGAUUUCAAAGAAAUGAUGAAGAAUCUAAAGAAUGGAGGAAUAGAAGGGGGUCAUGGAGAAACAUCUUCUUGGCAUCUCUAUGAGAAGAAACCUGAAGUUUACAAGUAUCAUAUCCAAGCUAUCGGGAGGAAAGAUGAUGCAGAAAUGGUGCUAGAUAUUCUCAAAAAAGAUGUGGCUAACAUGGAGGUACCAAAAAAGGUUGUUUACAAAAUAGCACCACCAGUAAAGAAGGUGAAAAGGAAAAUUGAGUCUCUGCACAAUAAUGGAUACCAUAUUACUCUGGAUGAAGCAGGAAAGAAAGCUAUAUUAGAAGGAACUGAAAAGGACGCAAAAGAAAUCCGAAAGGAGCUUGAAGAUUUCAUAGAUAAUACACUGAACAUCAAUUUGUCAGAGGAUGAUUUCACUGCAUUGAUGCAUCUUGGGAAAAAGGAAUCAUGGUUUAAACAGAUUGUGUCACAUACUUAUGACAAAGGUACUUUGGUUUUAACUAUGAAGAAAGGUCUUGAUCCUGAACCAUUACUGAAAAAAAUUAAAACAAAAAUUGAAGAAAUUCGUAAAAUGGCUGAAAUUGAUGUUCCAUUGCAGAAAAAGAUGACACUAUUCCUGGAAGAAAUUGAAAAGGAAGUUCAAGACUCUGUAGGAGGAAUUGCCUGUUAUAUAGCAUUUAAUAAGAAAAGAAUUGUCAUUAAAGCGCCAAACAUGAGGAAGGCUCAUGAAGCUAAAUAUUUGGUACAGGUAAAAAUUGGUGUGGUUAUUCCAGUGAAGAAGAAAAAGAAGAAAAAUGGUAACCAAUCAAAGGAAACAACAACAAUGACAGAGCAGCAAGAAUUAAAAAAUGGAACCAAGUUCACAACCAAAGAAGGGAUAAACAUUUUAGUAUAUCCUGGUGAACUCCAAAAUCUAAAAGCUGAUUGUUUGGUUAGUCCUGCAAAUAGAAACCUUCAGCACACAAAGGGAAUUGCUCUUAACAUAGCACAGGCUGCAGGUACUCAGAUGGAAAAGGAAUGUGAAGAAUACUUGAUGGAGAAAGGGGACUUAAUUAUUGGGACAUGUUGUUCCACAACAGCAGGCAAUCUACCAUAUCACUGUAUUAUACAUACUGUUGGUCCUACCUGGCACGCAUAUGGUGAUGAAAAAAAGAAUUGCUUAGAAGAUUUGAAAGCUGCCAUUGUUUGUUCACUACAUCAUGCCAAUGAACAUAAACAUAAAUCUAUAGCUUUUACAUCAGUAGGUACAGGAAUAUAUGGAAUCCCAAAACCAUUCUGUGCUAUUCAAUACUACAAAGGAGUAGAGGAAUAUGGUAAAAACAUGAACGCUGAUGAGAACACUGUGAAAGAUGUACAUUUUAUAGAUUCAGAUGAAAGCAUGUGUCAGAUUCUACAGAAAACAUUUAGCAAAUAUCUAGGAGAAGGCAAACAUAUAUGAACAUUUUAAGUUUUAGGAAAAGGAAAACUUAAAUGAACUUUUUACCUAUCUUGUUGACUGCAAAUUUACUUAAUGUUAUAACAAAGCAAUGUUCAUGCAAUAAAUUGUUGGUAAUUGAUAGAAGACACUGUACAGAGAAAAUACUGCAUAUAUGAGAGUGUUAUUAAACUAUUUGUUUUGGCAUUCUCUUUACAUCCAUCAUUAACAUUUUCUUUCCUUUAAGAAAGAAUAGUAAGAUGGGUAUAAAACUGGUAGAUUUGUAUACAUUGAGAUGUAACUAAGUGUCUUAAAAGUGCCAAUCGUUGCAAGAAUCAGGUAUUUUAGAAGAACUUCAAAACAUGGCAGAAAAAAACCCACCAUCCUAACAAUUCUAUUUUAAAGUUACCCUCAUCCUGAGUUAGAAAAAAGUAGGUCUUUCAUUUCUGCUUGUCUGGUAAUUCGAGAAAUAUCUGGAUAACUUUUGGUUAGAAUGAUAGCAAAUUACAGAGUUAGCUACCCUUAAUUGUUAAUUUCUAAUGCCAGAAUAGUACAACAAAAUGAAUGCUAUAUUCGUGUACAAUUAUACUGAAUUUGAAUUAAUGUAGCCUAGAGCUGGUUUUUGUUUGUCAUGUUUUCACCACUGUCUGAUUCUUAGGCAGAUUGGCACUUAAAAAGGGGCACUAGCUGUCAAACUCAUGUUCACCAAUUUGACUCAAAAUCUCAUGUUUGAUUUAUAACAUACUAAAACGUAUAUCCAAAUUACAAUAAGUCUGAAAUAAACUGUAACAAAGCAUGUACUCGAUAAUAUAUAUCAGAAUUUCGUGUGUAUUUUAGUCUAUACGCCAUCUACUUAACCAUCGAGAUGGCCUCCCAAUACUACCAACGGACUUAUAACCCGAUAUAAACAUAAACAUGAAUAUAAAUAGAUUGCGACCUCAUGCAAUUGGAUUUUUAUAGGUCUGUUUGAUUUCAUGUUAUA